AUGGCUACAAUAGCUGAAACUACCCAAACCCAAAGAGGAAGCCAUGAUACCAGCAACCUCACAAGAAUCUCCAACUGUGAUUGGUUUAAUCCAGAGACAGGAAUCUAUAGCAGCAAGCAAAAACUGAUUCAGCUCCCCACAUAUCCAUAUCUUGAUGUUGUCUCCUUGAUCUUCUCACACAAACACAAUGGGGUUACAGCCCUUAUUGAUUCUUCAUCAGGGUUCACAAUCCCCUACUCAAAACUUCCUCAGAUGGUAAAAUCUAUGGCAUCUGGCCUAUAUGAAAUUGGGAUUUCUCAAGGGGAUAUAGUUUCAAUUCUAUUACCUAAUACAAUUUACUUCCCUAUCAUAUACUUGGGUAUAUUGUCCAUUGGUGCCAUUGCAACUGCCACUAAUCCUCUCAGUAGUCUCCCUGAGAUAGAGAAACAGGUGAUUCAAUGCAGAACAAGUUUUGUGUUUACCACUGUAGGUAAGGUCAAGGAAAUUGAGAAAAUGGGUGUUGGGGUUAUUGCAGUGCCUGAGAAUGUAGAUUCAUUUACAAACUCCCCUGAGUUUUCCUGUUUUAACAAGCUUCUUUCGAGUGAUCCGAAUUUGGCACCGAAGCCUAUAAUCAAUCAGGAAGAUACAGCAGCUAUCCUCUUCUCUUCCGGUACUUCUGGUCCCAGUAAAGGGGUUGUUAUGACACAUGGGAAUCUGAUAGCAUCAGUUGAGCUUUUUGUUAGAUUUGAAGCUUCUCAGUAUAAUUACCCAGCUUCAGAGAAUGUUUACUUGGCCACUCUUCCAUUGUUUCAUGUAUAUGGCCUUUCCCUGCUCGCAACCGGAUUAUUAUCAUUAGGAACGAAAGUUGUGGUGAUGAGAAAGUUCAGCGAAGACGAAAUGGUGAGAGCCAUUGAUAAAUACAGAGUCACACAUAUACCUGCUGUUCCACCAAUAGUGAUGUCUCUGUUGAGAAUAAAGAAGAGUGGCCAUAAAUUUCCAAGCUUGAAACAAGUCUCAUCUGGUGCAGCACCGGCAAGCAAACCUCUCCUCGAAGAAUUCCUUAGGAAUUUCCCUAGUGUUGAUUUUAUUCAGGGUUAUGGCAUGACCGAGACAACUGCAGUAGGUACCCGAGGCUUCAACAAAGACACAAUUAAGUAUACUUCAAUUGGACUAUUGGCUCCUAACAUGCAAGCUAAAGUGAUAAAUCCAAUCUCUGGUUUCUCUAUGCCUCCUGGAAAAAGUGGUGAGCUAUGGCUUCGCGGACCUGGUAUUAUGAAAGGAUACUUAAAAAAUGAAGAUGCAACAAAAUCUACAAUUGAUAAGGAUGGUUGGCUACAUACUGGUGACAUUACCUACUUUGAUCAAGAUGGAUACAUUUAUGUUGUUGAUCGUUUGAAGGAGAUAAUCAAAUACAAAGGGUUUCAGAUUGCUCCUGCUGAUCUAGAAUCUGUGUUGAUUUCCCAUCCAGAUAUACUUGAUGCUGCUGUAACAGGUGCCGUUGAUGAAAUAGCCGGGGAAAUACCAAUUGCAUUUGUUGUAAAGAUGCCAGGAAGUUCACUUUCUGAAGCUGAUGUGAUGACUCACGUCGCUGGAAAGGUUGCCCCAUACAAGAAGGUAAGGAAGGUGAUCUUCACAAGAUCCAUUCCCAGGUCCCCUGCAGGGAAGAUUCUUAGAAGACUACUGAAGGAGACCUUGAUGUCCAGAAUUUAAUUAAAAGGGCCAAUUUUGGAAGGAGAAACAUGGAAUGGUGCUCUACCUUAAAUAUAUAGGGGGUUAAAUAGGAAUGGUUCAUAUUGAAAUAGUGAUGAAAACAUUGAUGGAUGGUCAA